GAAGCUUUGCGCAAAUUUGCCGUUUUCUUUCUUUUUCUUGUUUUUUCCCCCCCUCCUCCUUUUAAAUCGAGCAGUAACGGCGCUUGUGUAGUCAGCAAACGCUCUCUUGUCCCUCCGGUUUUUGUCUUGUUUCCCCCAAACAGUCAUGAUGUAGGUGGUCUGCUCAGCGCCUGCGGUUGGUUUGCCAGGUGGAAGGCGUGGAAUGCAGUAGCUCUGUGGGCAUGGGACAUUGUGGUUGAUAACUGUGCCAUUUGCAGAAACCAUAUUAUGGAUCUAUGCAUAGAAUGUCAAGCCAACCAAGCGUCAGCUACCUCUGAAGAGUGCACAGUUGCAUGGGGCGUCUGCAAUCAUGCUUUCCACUUCCACUGCAUCUCUCGCUGGCUCAAAACUCGCCAAGUAUGUCCGUUGGACAACAGGGAAUGGGAGUUUCAAAAGUAUGGACAUUAGAGAGAUGGUCACCAAGCUUCUUGUUAUGUCGUCAGCCUGAAUUGUUGAUGUCACUAUGGAUUUGUUUUAGCAAUUUGAAAAAUAUGUGUACUAUUUUGCUUCAAUCUCAAUAUCUCUCUAUUGUACACCAUUGAAUAAAAUCUUGCUGGAGCUUCCUCUCUA